GCUCUCAUUAUCGCCGAGAAAAUCUCGCCGGAGAAAACAAAAAGAAUGUCGGAAGAGUUCGCACUUCGAGUAGAGCAAGGUCUUAAGCUCUCAAGACGAAUAUACUACGGCAAAGGCAUCGCUCCUCCUGUAGUACCGGAUUCUCCUUCAUCGCCGGGGAAUUUUCUUCCGACGGCGAUUACGGCUUACGCUUCAAUCACAGAUCCGGUGGCUGUUGAUAACCCCGACGUUCCUAGUUACCAGCCGUACGUUCACGCACGAUGCGAUCCUUCAGCGCUCGUGCCGCUUCAGAUGCUCGGAAUUGAGAUGAGAGUAGAUUGUUGGCUCGACAUGGCGUUUGUCACCGUCACCGGACGGUGGCGAGUUCACUGCGUUAUGCCUAGCAAACGCUUUGACUGCUGUGUCGGUGUUCCUAUGGGUGAGAAGGGCACACUUCUAGGUGCUGAGAUUGAUGUUUUGAGCAAUGAGAAAUCUUACAAGACCAAACUAGUUACAGAGGAUGAAACAUCUGACUUUGAAAACGUUCAUAAAGACAAAGAUUCACGUUUCUUCAAGUCUCAUAUCUAUACUUUCAAGAUCCCACAUGUUGUUGGAGGAUCAAUCUUUUCGGUUAAUGUGAAUUGGUCUCAGAAAUUGAUUUACAAAGACGGCAAGUUUCAUCUCAAUGUGCCUUUUAGAUUCCCUGCUUAUGUGAAUCCUGUAGGCAAGGAGAUUAUUAAACGAGAAAAGAUUGUGUUAAACAUGAAUUCUUGUGUUAGUGGCGGUGAAGUAGCUUCUAGUUAUACAAGCCAUCCUUUAAAGGUGAUUCACCGUGAAGCGGGUAAAUUAAGUUGCGAGUAUGAAGCUGAAGUACCAUCAUGGUCAAGAGUUGAUUUUGGUGUUUCAUUCAAUGUUUCCUCUGGUGAUCUGUGUGGUAAUGUUUUGGUUAAGUCUCCAUCUCCAUGGGAUUCAGAUGACAGAGGAAUUUUCUGUUUGUACCUUUUCCCUGGAACCACCAAGCAUAAGAAGCUUUUCAAACGAAGAGUUGUGUUUGUGAUUGACAUAAGUGCAAGCAUGAAAUGGAAGCCGCUUGAGGAUGUGAAGAAAGCUUUGUUGGAGUGUUUGGCUAAGUUACAAGCUGAAGAUGUUUUCAACAUAAUCGCUUUCAAUGACGAAAUUCUGGAAUUCUCAACUUCAAUGGAGUUUGCAACAGAUGAAACUAUCUCUGCUGUGACUGAAUGGCUUGAUACUAAUUUAAUUGCAAAUGGUGGAACAAACAUGUUACUUCCCCUCAAACAGGCAAUGAAAUUGCUUGAAGGAAGCAAUAUUGGAGUUCCUCUUGUAUACCUUGUCACUGAUGGAUCUGUUGAAAACGAGAGAGAGAUAUGUAAUGCUAUGAAAGAAUCUUGUAGCAGAAACGGGAAAUCGAUUUCUCCUCGGAUAUCUACCUUUGGCAUUGGUUCGUUUUGCAACCAUUACUUCUUGCAAAUGCUAGCGCGGAUAGGGAAUGGUUACUAUGAUGGCACAAACAACACAGAUUCAUUCGAGCAUCAGAUGAGUAGACUAUUUGAUAUAGCUUCUUCAACGAUCGUAGCCAAUACCACUUUUGAUGCUCUCAAACUUCUCCGAUCAGUUGAGCUGUUUCCUUGUCAGAUUCCAGAUAUUACGCUCUGUGAUCCGUUGAUCUUGUCUGGAAGAUACAAAGGAGAGUUCCCAGAUGAAGUUGAACUCAGAGGCACACUAGCUGAUAUGAGCUGUUUCACAAUCGAGCUAACAGUGCAGAAGGCUAAAGACAUUCCUCUAGACAAGGUUCUUGCGAGGAGACAGAUCAAUGAACUUACUGCUCGAGCUUGGUUCGAAGACAAGAAAGAGCUGCAAGAAAAGGUCAUGAGAUUGAGUAUACAAACAGGGUUUCCAAGCGAAUACACGCAAAUGGUCUUAUCACUCAAACACGACGAGGAAGAGAAGACGAUAGCGAGACCUGUUUCUAUCAAAGAGAUUCUAAGGAACCCACCGUACCAAAUCCACAAGCAAAUGCAGAGGAACAACAGCGACAGAACGAGUUUGCUUGGGAAACAAGGGUAUGGGUUCGGGAACGUUGCCGCUACGUUAAAGAACGUGCCUCCAUGGAUGGAGGAACCGAAGGAGUCGGAGGGAACUGAACUUCUGAUAAGAGCGGCGUCAGGAGUGGUUGAUCGCGUUUGCUGUAUGUGUUGCUUGCAGUGCAUGUCGAGGGUGAGUGAUCAGUGCACCAUUGUCUUCUCUCAGCUCUGUGCAGCAUUGGCUUGUUUCCAGUGUAUUGGUUGCUGUUUUGAGGUUUGUGGUUGUCUUGACCUCUAAGGAAACCAAAUAAAAAGUUUAAAACAAA